AUGUUUGUAAUAAUUGUAGGUCAUGGAGUGGUGGCUGCUAAUUCCUCUAUACCAACCAAAUAUCAAACAAUAGUCACUGAUAAUUCUGAUAAAAAAGGUUUCACCUGUAAAGCAAAAAGAUUUCAAUCUACUACAUUGUCUGAAAAUCCUGGACCCUGUAAUUAUAUUGGUCAUGAUAAUUUCGAUAAAGAGAGUAAUUCUUUUUCUAAGAAAGGAACUGGCAGUUUUGCUUCCAAGUCUAAAAGACAGAUUAGAUAUGAAAUGUCUAAUGGGCCUGGGCCAGGUAUCUAUGGUUUACCUGACAUGCUCUCUAGUAGACAGGACUUCAACAGAUCUGGUUCUACUAGCACAUUCCAGAAACCUAUAGCACAGACACAAUUAAAUAAAAAGGGAAAUCCAGCUCCAAAUUUGUAUCAGGUUGGUAACCUUUUAUUAAGGAGAAAAUCAAAUAAUAUAUGUGGUGAUGCUGCUUUUAAAUCUAAAACACGAAGAGAUAUUAUUGAUGUUAAAGAAUCCAAAAGAAUGCCAGCUCCUUGGCAAUAUAAUGUUAAAGAUGAUAUAUUAUAUAGUAAUCCAAAAAUACCUGAAUCAAGUUUUAAAUCCAGAACUACGAGAAAUAUCAUGAGUUCUCCUUCAAAGAAUCCUGGACCUGGUGCAUAUUUUCCGGCUGGAGGACAGGAAUAUCCUGAAAGAACCAUCUUUCCACGAAAGCAUUAUCUGUGUAUAUCAGCUCCUGCAAUGCCUUUACCUAAAACUCCUCCAUUGCCAGGACCUGGUAGUUAUGAAUUAGUAGAUUUUGAAGGGUAUCCUAAGCAUUAUAUGUCUGGGUCAGCAUUUGUUUCUACCACCAGUAGAUGGACUAAUAUAACAGAUGCUGAACAAUCUCCUGGACCAGCCCAGUAUAAACCAGCAUUCCCUGGCAAACAGACUUUUAUUUAUAAUGCUUCUGGUAAAUGGAUUUGUUAA